AUGGCCAGCAAAGUCUCCUGGCACAACCAAAUCCUCCCCCCAAUCAACUCCUCCGCCUCAGAAAUCCGCAUCCUCCAAAUCCUCCCCGGACCACCAUCAUCAUCCCCCUUACAAUGCACCUUCCGCGUAACAACCCUCGACAGCCAAGAAAUAUCCUACGACGCCCUCUCCUACGCUUGGGGAAACGACACUCCAGAAUCCCAUGAGAACAUCUUCUUCGGAGACACCCCAAUCGGUGUAACCCCCUCCCUGGCCAAUGCUCUGCGCCGACUACGCCUCCCCAACGAGACGAGAAACAUCUGGGCCGACGCCCUAUGCAUCAACCAGGCAGACGACAUCGAAAAGUCCCUCCAAGUCUCCAUGAUGGGCCGCAUCUACCGUCAAUCCACCCAAGGCGCCAUCUGGCUCGGGCCUCUCGGAGCCACAUCCCCAUCCAACGCCCAAGCAGCCCUCGACACGCUCUCCUGGAUCGCCGGCGAGCAAGACCCUCCCCCCUGGCUCGCCCACGAAGCCAAACGAAUCGCUGCCAGCUCAGCCCUCAAGGCCCUCCUCAACGUGUCCUGGUGGAGCCGCAUCUGGACCGUCCAAGAAGCCAUCCUGCCCCCCAAGGCAACCAUAUACUGGGGCCCUUGCUCCCUCCCAUGGAGCACCCUCGACAAGGCCUCCGACAGCUUCUUCAACGGCUCCGCGCCCGCCAUCCACGCCGAGUUCUGGGCCAACGGCUGCAUCCUCAAUCUCCAGGCCGCACUGCGCGGCCUCGGUGCCUCCCGCGGCGAGGGCCUCUUCCAGCUCCUCUGGCGCUGGCGAUACCGCCGGGCCACGGACCCUCGCGACAAGGUCUACGGCCUGCUAGGCUUCCGCAGCGACAUCUCUCUGCCGUCGGUGAAGAUGUGCGAUUAUACCGUCGACGUGCGCACGCUCUAUCAAAACGUCACCAUCGACCUCAUCAACAUGAGCACCGAUCUGCAGCCCCUGAUCGGCCGCGGCGGCGAGGGCUCCGACAUCCCCGGCCUCGCAUCGUGGGCCGUCGACUGGAGCGGCGUCGAUGAUCCCGCCAGACGCAGCAGAUGUAACUUCUGGGACCAUCGUCACUGGUGGCACUCUGGCGGCUUCGAAGCGGACCGCGGCAUGUAUGGUGUCGGCGAGGGUCUCAGAGUCGAGGAUAACGGCGCUGCUCUUCGCAUUUGCGCCCUCAAGCUUGGCAAUGUUGCUCUCGUUGACGAAAGUUCAACCGACGUGCCGGACGGGGACUCAGUCGCGUCCAUCUUCCGCUCAUCCGGUAACCGCUGGGGAAGGCUUCUGUCGCGAUAUCAAGCUGAGUUCCCAGAAAGCCUCUCCAACGGCGGCAUGACGGCCUUUCUAGGCCUCAUCACGGGGAAUUUGAGGCCCGACGGAUCGAACGACAAGGAUGACUUCAAGACAUGGGUGAUGCAAAUCGUUUGCCCGCAAGCCAUCUUCAUCACCGACAAUGGAUACGUUGGCCUUGGCCCACCAAACGUCAGGCCCGGCCAGGAACUCUGGAUCGUUGGCGGAUGCAGAGUGCCUGUUAUUUUAAUACCUUUACCAACGGCUGCUAAGCAAGAGUGUGAGGCGAGCUUCAGUUUUCAUAGCGAAUGCUUCGUCUAUGGCGUCAUGAAAGGAGAGGCUGUAGAAGGCAGACAGAAUCAGGUGAUCGAUAUCCUGCUGCGUUGA